CGCUCAUUUCCAUAUCAUCGCUUCUUUCCUUUACCAUAUUAUCGUGUUUUUGCUUCUCUCUCUCUCUCUCUCUCUGUGAUUGUGUGAGUGUGAAGUUAAACAGAAGAGAGAAAAGUAAUGGAGCAACAAAGAAAGCAGAAGAUGGCAGUUGAGGAACAACAACAACAACAACAUGAACAAGUCGAAGAGAUGCAACAAGGCCCUACCCCAGUCGAACAACUUCAGGCGGCGGGCAUUGCUUCCAUUGACGUUAAGAAGCUUAAAGAUGCGGGUCUCUGCACUGUUGAAUCAGUUGCUUUCUCUCCCAGGAAGGAACUCCUUCAAAUCAAAGGAAUUAGUGACGCUAAAGUCGACAAGAUCAUCGAAGCAGCUUCCAAGCUAGUGCCUUUGGGUUUUACUAGUGCUAGCCAACUCCAUGCCCAGAGGCUUGAGAUCAUUCAGAUAACAUCCGGGUCAAGAGAGCUUGACAAGGUAUUGGAAGGAGGAAUCGAGACAGGAUCUAUUACUGAGAUAUAUGGUGAGUUUCGCUCUGGAAAGACUCAGCUGUGUCACACACUCUGUGUCACUUGCCAGCUUCCAUUAGAUCAAGGAGGUGGAGAGGGAAAAGCAAUGUACAUCGAUGCAGAGGGCACAUUUAGGCCACAGAGACUCUUACAGAUAGCAGAAAGGUUUGGACUGGAUGGUCCUGAUGUCUUGGAUAAUGUGGCUUAUGCUAGAGCUUAUAACACUGAUCAUCAGUCAAGACUUCUGCUUGAAGCAGCUUCAAUGAUGGUGGAAACAAGGUUUGCUCUUAUGAUAGUAGACAGUGCUACUGCUCUCUACAGAACAGAUUUCUCUGGAAGGGGAGAACUCUCAGCCCGGCAAAUGCAUCUUGCGAAGUUUCUCCGGAGCCUUCAGAAAUUAGCAGAUGAGUUUGGUGUCGCUGUUGUUAUUACAAACCAAGUAGUCGCACAAGUCGAUGGUUCUGCAAUCUUUGCUGGCCCUCAAAUCAAGCCUAUUGGUGGUAACAUUAUGGCUCAUGCUUCCACAACAAGGCUAGCUCUGCGUAAGGGAAGAGGAGAUGAGCGCAUCUGUAAAGUAAUAAGCUCUCCUUGUUUAGCUGAAGCUGAAGCACGGUUUCAAAUUGCUGUAGAAGGUGUAACUGAUGUCAAGGACUGAUCCAUUUCGGGCCAUCAUUUUCCAAGACUUUUGCAAAUUCUUGUUGAUCUUGUGUUGUUGUAUCUUCUAACGGAUCUGCAUGCCAGCAAAGUCUUUGUAAUUUUGUUUACAGUUAGGUGCUUCCAAAUUUUAUUAGAUGUUAUGAAGCUUUGCAGGUCUUUUUUCUUUAGGGGCUGCUCCUCUCUCUCUCUCUCUCUCUCUCUCUCUGUGCUUAAAUCUGUGUGAUAUCACUAAAAUAAAAGUAGAAGUAUUGCAUGGAUUUUAUAGUUUUUCCAACAUUUCAAGUGACUGUACUACUUUGAGAGACGUUUCUUUGUAAAGUAAAUUAUGAAGAUAUUUUGAGCAUAUGUUUAUGUA